UCUCUCUCGUUUGUUUCACGUGAUUUCAUUUACGUGACCGCAUGCCACAAACAACAACUUUUGUAUUUGAUUCAUCACUCUCCGCAAACCCCUGUUUUUUGAUGGGUAGCAUGUCGCAUAUGAUCACUCUUCAUGGCCUAACAGCUUCUUCAACCCGUUGCUCCUACGCCUUUAAUGACUCCAAUUCUCGUUUCAAGGCAUUGGCAGUUCCUACCAGAGUGGCUAGCGUCUUUGCCAAGGUUAAGAGUAAAAGUUCAACUUCCUCCGAGUCCAACAACUCCGCAAUUGAUUUCAGCGACCCUGAUUGGAAAACCAAGUUCAAGGACGACUUUGAAGACCGUUUCAGACUCCCCCAUGUCACUGAUAUCUUUCCGGAUGCAGUUUCUAUGCCCUCUACGUUCUCUCCCAACAUGAGAAAUCCUACGACUAGUGACUUUCCUGGUAAUUAUCCUUUGGAUGAGGAUUGGCAUGGAUAUAUUAAUGACAAUGACAGAGUGCUUCUUAAGACAAUAUACUACUCAUCACCUACAUCUGCUGGCGCUGAGUGCAUUGAUCCUGGUUGUAAUUGGGUGGAACAAUGGGUUCAUCGAGCUGGACCUCGGGAAAAGAUAUACUUUCAUCCGGAAGAAGUAAAGGCUGCAAUUGUUACUUGUGGGGGGCUCUGCCCUGGUCUUAAUGAUGUCAUCAGACAAAUUGUAAUCACACUCGAAAUAUAUGGUGUAACAAAGAUUGUGGGUAUUCCUUUUGGUUAUCGUGGAUUUUCAGACAAAGAGCUGACAGAAGUUCCACUGUCAAGGAAAGUGGUUCAGAAUAUUCAUCUUUCAGGUGGAAGCCUAUUAGGAGUUUCACGUGGAGGACCUGGAGUCAGUGAAAUUGUGGACAAUUUGAAGGAAAGAGGGAUCAACAUGCUCUUUGUGUUGGGUGGAAAUGGCACACAUGCUGGUGCAAAUGCAAUUCACAAUGAGUGCUGUAAAAGACGGCUUAAGGUAUCUGUAAUUGGAGUGCCUAAAACUAUAGACAAUGAUAUUCUAUUGAUGGACAAAACUUUUGGCUUCGAUACUGCGGUUGAGGAAGCACAAAGAGCAAUAAAUUCGGCAUACAUUGAGGCACAUAGUGCAUAUCAUGGAAUUGGUAUUGUGAAAUUGAUGGGCCGUGACAGUGGAUUCAUAGCAAUGCAUGCUACCUUAGCUAGUGGACAGAUUGACAUAUGUCUGAUUCCUGAGGUUCCUUUCAAUUUACAUGGACCUCGUGGAGUGUUGAGUUAUCUCAAGUACCUUAUAGAAACAAAAGGAUCAGCUGUAGUCUGUGUGGCAGAGAGAGCUGGACAGAAUUUGCUUCAAAAAACUAAUGCUACUGAUAAUUCUGGAAACACUGUAUUUCGAGAUAUUGGUGUAUAUACCCAACAAGAGACGAAAAAAUACUUCAAGGAAAUUGGUGUUCAUGCUGACGUUAAAUAUAUCGAUCCAACGUACAUGAUCCGUGCAUGUCGAGCAAAUGCUUCUGAUGGAAUUUUAUGCACUGUACUUGGACAAAAUGCUGUUCAUGGUGCAUUUGCUGGAUUUAGUGGCAUUACAGUAGGCUCUUGUAACACACACUAUGCUUACUUUCCCAUCCCCGAAGUGAUAUCUCAUCCCAAAUUAGUGGACCCUAACAGUAGAAUGUGGCAUCGUUGCUUAACUUCAACAGGCCAACCCGAUUUCAUUUGAUUAUUUUCCCAUUUUAAUACAUUCAUGAGGCUUGGGAAUUCAGGCUUCCGUAGAGUAUAUCAUAGGAAGAUAGCUUCAAAAAAGUAUUUUUGGUUAAUAUACCCAACAUGAUAUCAUUAGUGGAAAAUAAUACCGAGGAUGACAUUCCCUCAUUCAAAUUUUUAUAGCAUGGCAAAUUCAUAGUCUUCCAAUUGCAUUCAAAAUGAAAUUUGAGAGGAAUGACAGAGCAUUAUUUGCUUGAUUUUGUGGCAUUUGUUGUAAAUAUAGAGUAUUAUAAUAUUGGAAGUCUAUUGAAUAUAUGUUUCAAGACUCUGAUGCCAAUAUUCCAA